UUUAUUUUUAUUUUACCUGAUUAUUUGCCUCAAUUAAUAUAGAGAAGAUAUCAUUUCCUUCCACAAACAGACCCAUGAAGUCAAAUGGUGCAGCGUUUUGUGAGAGUUGAUACUUGACCAACGGAAAGGGGAUCUCAAUGGACAACACCAAGUCUCUUUUGGCACUCGAACCAGACGAUGAUGGCAGAGUCAAAAGAACCGGGAAUGCAUUAACGGCUAGCAUACACAUUAUAACGGUGGUGGUUGGGGCAGGGGUGCUGUCUCUGGCAUGGGCCAUGGCCCAACUAGGGUGGAUUGCUGGUGUAGCCUGUAUCCUUGCCUUUGCAGGUGUUUCCAUUUUCACAUACAAUCUUGUAGCUGAUUGUUACAGAUAUCCACACCCUGUUACUGGCACCAGAAAUUACACUUAUAUGCAGGCUGUCAAGGCUUACUUAGGUGGAACAAUGCAUGUGCUUUGUGGAUUAGUUCAAUAUACGAAGCUCGCUGGGAUCACAGUGGGCUACACAAUAACUUCGUCCACAAGCUUGAUAGCAAUAAGGAAAGCAAUUUGCAUCCACAAUGGAGGAGAUUCAGCUUCGUGCAAGUUUUCGAAUAAUGCCUUUGCGAUUGGUUUUGGAAUCUUGCAAAUUUUCUUGUCUCAAAUCCCAAACUUCCACGAGCUCACAUGGCUCUCAACUCUUGCAGCUAUAACCUCUUUUGGUUAUGUAUUCAUUGGUAGUGGGUUAUGUCUCGCGGUUAUCCUCUCAGGAAAAGGAGCAGCAACCAGCAUAAUAGGAACUAAACUACCUAUUGAAGACAAACUUUUGAGGGUUUUCACUUCAAUGGGAAACAUAGCACUUGCAUGCACGUACGCUACCGUUGUUUAUGAUAUAAUGGACACAUUGAAGGCACAUCCACCAGAAAAUAAACAAAUGAAAAGAGCUAAUGUGAUGGGAGUCACAGCAAUGGCAGUAUUGUUCUUGCUGUGCAGUGGCCUUGGCUAUGCUGGGUUUGGUGACAACACACCUGGAAACAUCUUAACCGGAUUUACCGAACCUUUCUGGUUGGUUGCAUUGGGGAAUGGGUUCAUCGUAAUCCACAUGAUUGGAGCGUAUCAGGUGAUGGGUCAACCAUUCUUUCGAUUAAUUGAAAUGGGUGCUAACAUGGCGUGGCCACAUUCGGAUUUCGUAAACAAAGAACAUCCAUUCAUGAUAGGUGGUGUAAUGGUUCGUUUCAACUUGUUUAGGUUAAUUUGGAGGACAGUUUUUGUGAUAUUGGGCACAAUUCUUGCCAUGGUAAUGCCAUUUUUCAGUGAGAUUCUUUCUUUUCUUGGAGCAAUUGGGUUCGGGCCACUAGUUGUCUUUUUUCCCAUACAAAUGCACAUUGCCCAAAAGCACAUUAGAAAACUAUCACUUAGGUGGUGCUGCCUCCAACUCUUAAGUGGCUUAGGCUUCAUUGUUUCAUUGGCCGCUGUAGUUGGUUCAGUUCAUGGAAUGAUCAAGAAUUUCCAUAAAUACAACCUUUUUAUGUAUAAACAAUAGUCCCUUGGAAAUCAAAAUCUAAAAUGAAUGCAACUAAUUACAACCUUUUUCUGCAUAAUACUUCUUCUACUUCUACUUUUAUGUCGACCUUGGAGGAAAGACAUCAAUGGCAAUUAUAUAUAUAGGUCACAUUGGCUAACUAAUAUCUUGUUAUUCCAUUUACUUUUACUUUUCAA